AAAUGGAAAUUGAAUUGAAUUAAUAAAUUUCUAUGUAAAAAAGAGUUAAAAAAAUCUAAAACAAACUUAAAAUAUUGUAGAAAUAGGUUGAUCCUUAAAAUAUUUGAUUAUCUGAAAGGGAGCUCAUGGUAAUUUUAUGUUUUAGGAAAUUUUACUUGAUUAACGUGAUUGAAGUUAAAUAUUAUUGUUUUAGAAAUAAAAUAAAAAUAAAAUAUGAAAAAGAAAAAACAGCACCUAUUAUUAUCAUUAUCAGAUAUUAAAGUUGGAUGCUUGAAGACUUCAAAUUGCAUGUCCGUUGACCCAUUUACAGGCAGUAAACACUAGAUCAGUCUGUUGAUCAAAAAAACAUUGAUUAGUCCAAGAAAAAGAUAAAAGCCAAGCAGUCAACUCCAAGCAAAUGGAAAAAUGUGGCUGGCUGUUCUACAUAACAAAUAUAUUUCCUGCAUCUGCUAAUUAAAUUUCAUUCCAAGCACAUUAAAAACUUGCAAUAAUCUCUCUCUUAUUUCUUCUAGCUUGCUGCUUCAUUGUUCUGAUCAUGAAAGGAAGCACGAUCUCCCUUCAACUUUACCUAAAAUUGGUAUGGACUGCAUGCAUGUUAGCUAUCAUCAGAUUCUCUUGCUUUCUGGGAUCUGCAAAUGCAACUUUGAGUGCAGAGUGCAUCGACAGCGAGAGAGCAGCUCUCCUUAAAUUCAAGAAAAGCCUCAAUGAUCCAGCCCUACUCUCUUCGUGGGUAUCCGGAGAAGAAGAAGACUGCUGCAGGUGGAACAGGGUCACCUGCGACCAUCAAACUGGUCACGUUAUCAUGCUUGAUCUCCGGCCUAUAAUUAAGGAUGAAGGUGAUGAUUUUUCUUCUUCUGAAAAUUUAUUGAGUGGUGAGCUAAGUUCUUCCUUGCUUGAAUUACCGUAUCUGAGUCACUUGGACCUCAGUCAAAAUAUUUUUCAAAAAAUACCAGAUUUUUUUGGUUCACUUAGUAACUUAACAUACCUCAACCUGUCAUUCAAUAUGUUCAGUGGUACAUUUCCAUACCAGCUUGGGAACCUCUCUAUGCUACAAUACCUUGAUCUCAGCUGGAAUUCUGAUAUGACUGCAGACAACGUUGAAUGGCUUGAUCGCCUUUCUUCCUUAAGAUUCCUGCAUAUAAGUUUUGUUUACUUUGGUAAAGUUGUGGAUUGGCUUAAAUCGAUUAAAAUGCACCCUUCUUUAUCAACCUUGAUAUUGCAUAGAUGUCAAUUUGACGAAACUGAUCCUUCAUCACUUUCCAGUGUUGAUUCUUCCAAAUCCCUUGCGAACCUUCGUCUGUUCUUUAGCAGUUUCAAUACUUCAAUUAACUCAUGGUUAGUCAAUGUUAGUACUGUCAUUGUUCAUCUUGAACUCCAAGACGAUCAGUUGAAAGGUCCAAUUCCAUAUUUUUUUGGAGACAUGAGAUCACUUGUACAUCUUGUCCUCUCCUACAAUCAACUUGAAGGUCCCAUGCCUAUAUCCUUUGGGAAUCUUUGUCGCUUGAAAACAUUAGACUUGUCUGGCAAUCAUCUAAGUGAGCCAUUUCCUGAUUUUGUAGGAAAUCUGAGGUGUGCCAAGAAAUCGUUAGAGAUUCUAAGCUUAAGUAAUAACCAACUUAGAGGGUCAAUUCCUGAUAUCACUGAAUUUGAAUCGCUAAGAGAAUUACAUCUCGAUCGAAAUCAUUUGGAUGGAUCUUUUCCUCCAAUCUUUAAACAAUUCUCCAAGCUUCUUAACUUGAACCUUGAAGGAAACAGAUUAGUUGGGCCAUUGCCUAGUUUUUCUAAAUUCUCAUCCUUGACUGAGUUGCAUCUGGCCAACAAUGAGCUCAGUGGCAAUGUCAGUGAGAGUUUAGGAGAGCUAUUUGGACUCAGAAUCCUGGAUGCUUCUUCAAAUAAGUUAAAUGGAGUUGUCUCAGAAGUCCAUUUGUCUAAUCUCUCCAGGCUGCAGCAGCUAGACUUGUCUUAUAAUUCUUUAGCUUUGAAUUUCAGUGCCGAUUGGACUCCGUCUUUUCAAUUAGAUAUGAUCAAACUCAGCUCUUGCAGAAUAGGUCCGCAUUUCCCUGGCUGGCUUCAAAGCCAAAGAAAUUUCUCUCACCUUGAUAUCUCCAAUUCUGAGAUUUCAGACGUUGUCCCUAGCUGGUUUUGGAAUUUCAGCUCCAAAAUACGGUAUUUGAAUCUCUCAUUUAACCAUUUAUACGGCAAGGUUCCAAAUCAAUCAGCAGAGUUCUAUACCUUGCCUUCAGUUGAUCUAAGUUCCAACUUGUUCUAUGGUACUAUACCAUCAUUCCUUUCUAACACAUCAGUGCUAAAUCUCUCCAAAAAUGCAUUUACAGGAUCCCUGUCUUUCUUAUGCACAGUAAUGGAUAGUGGUAUGACCUAUCUUGACCUUUCUGAUAACAGCUUAUCAGGAGGCCUUCCUGAUUGUUGGGCGCAGUUCAAACAGUUGGUCAUUCUUAAUUUCGAGAACAAUGAUUUAUCUGGGAGUAUUCCAAGUUCAAUGGGCUUCCUUUACAAUAUUCAGACAUUGCACUUGAGGAACAACAGCUUUACAGGAGAAAUGCCUUCAUCUUUGAGAAAUUGCUCUCAACUAGAGCUGCUAGAUCUUGGAGGGAAUAAGUUAACAGGAAAGGUAUCAGCUUGGAUAGGAGAAAGCUUAACCAAAUUAAUUGUUCUUCGUCUUCGGUCAAAUGAGUUCUAUGGAAAUGUAUCUUCAACAGUUUGUUAUCUCCGCUAUCUUCAGAUAUUAGAUCUUUCAUUCAAUCAUUUCUCAGGAUCUAUUCCAUCUUGUCUCCACAAUCUCACUGCUUUAGCUCAGAAUCAAAAUUCGACUUCAGCUUUAAUCCAUCAAUUUUUCAAUGGCUAUAGUUAUUGGAAGGGAAGUGGUGAUUGGGGUACAAAAUACUCUGCUGAUUAUAUUGACAAUGCAUUGGUAGUAUGGAGGGGAGUUGAGCAAGAGUACGGAAAAACACUAAAAUUGUUAAAGAUCAUAGAUCUUUCAAACAAUAAUCUAACUGGAGAAAUUCCUGAAGAAAUGACAAGUCUGUUAGGAAUGAUUUCCCUCAACUUAUCAAGAAACAAUCUGACCGGUGCUAUCCCUGGAAGAAUCAGCCACUUGAAAUUGUUGGAAUCUCUUGAUUUGUCCCACAAUAAACUUUCAGGUAAAAUUCCCACAAGCUUAGCCGGUUUAUCUUUCCUCAGUAAGUUGGACUUGUCAAAGAAUCAAUUGACAGGGAGAAUUCCAUCAAGCACUCAACUUCAAAGCUUUGAUGCCUCUGCAUAUUUGGGAAAUCCAGGGCUUUGCGGGCCUCCACUGAGUGACUGCCCAGGUGAUGGAACAAUGCAACAUUCAUCAGGGCCUGCCGGCAUUGGCAAUAGUGUUAAAGAAGGCGAAGAGUGGAUUGACAAGCCGUCACUUCUUGCUGGAAUGGGGGUUGGAUUUGCGCUAGGGUUCUGGGGAAUCUUGGGCCCUUUAUUGUUAAGUAAGUGUUGGAGAAGCCCUUACUUCCAGUUCUUGGAAAACACAGUAGACUGUCUGUACUUGAAAAUCAUGCUGAAGUUGGGCAGAUGAGGUAUUAAGUUGCCCUUUGUUCUGUUGAUUCUGUGUACUAAGAAGUGCCCUGCAUUUAUCUUGUGGAAAUGUGUACAUGAAUGAGGAGCCACAGACUUAAUUGUGCACAAGCAUUUGCAACUGUGAGUGAUUUGGUCCUCAAAUUCCACUCCAUAAAGUGUGAUAUUAGAUUAGUUUUACUGUGUUAUGUUACACUUAGUUGACUUAGUUGUUUGGUUGGCUGUCUUGAUUAUAUAAUAGAACUUUCUUAUUACAAA